AUGCGCGCGUGGGCCACGCUCCUCACCAAGACGAGCUACCUCCAGGGCGCCCUCGUCUUGCAGCAUUCGCUCGUCCAGCACGGCACCAAGUACCCGUUCGUCGUGUUCGCCACCGAGGAGCUGCCCGAGGACGCGCGCGACAUCCUCAGGCGACGAGGCAUCGCCGUGCGCGACAUCGACUACCUCGAGCCGCCAAAGGAGCAGCGCAAGGAGCUCGACGAGCACGAUCGCCGGUUCGCCGACACCUGGACCAAGCUGCGCGUCUUCGAGAUGGCUGAAUACGAGCGCCUCGUCCUCCUCGACAGCGACAUGCUAUGCGUGCGCAACAUGGACGAGCUGCUCGAGUUGCCGCUCGAGGAGGGCUGGAUCGCGGCGGCCCACGCGUGCACAUGCAACCCGCGCAAGCUCGCGCACUACCCGGACGACUGGGUUCCCGAAAACUGCGGCCACACGUCGGCCGUCCGCACCACCCCGCUCCCGCACACGUCGUUCUCCAAGCCGACCCACACGCGCCUCAACUCGGGCCUCGUCGUCCUCCGGCCCUCGCUCGACACCUUCUCGCGCAUGCUCUCGUUCCUCCACACCGACCCUCGCGUCUCGACCUACUCGUUCCCGGACCAGGACCUGCUCGCCGACUUCUUCGAGGGCCGGUGGCUCCCCCUCAGCUACCGGUACAACGCCCUCAAGACCCUGCGCUACUGCCAUUCGCCCAUGUGGCGCGACGAGGACGUCAAGAACGUCCACUUUAUCCUCAAGAAGCCGUGGUACUACCAGCUGCCCGAAAGCGACCCCGACGCCGAGCUGCACGCCUGGUGGUGGGACGCGUUCGACAAGCUGCAGGCUUCUUGGGGCGACGAGCCCGGGUGGAGCGUGAUCGAGGCGACCGUCAACCGCGACAUUCGUCGGCCGGAGCUUCAGUAG